AGAGGGGUGGUGUGGCGAGGCAGCGCGGCACGAACAGCUGACCAGCCCACAACAACAGACAUGGCGACGAUCCUCGGACGUCUGUCCCGCAGCGCCACAAUACCAGGCCGCCAUGCCCGCUGCCUCAGGACCCUAAAGACCCAGGCUUUCCGGAGUAGCCUCACCACCAGCAGCACCGCCUACCUGUGUGGGGUAGCUGCCGCCACCUCGGCCUACCUGGGCUGGAGAUGGUUGCACGGGGGCUCCGUGGUGCAGGCAGCCAAACCACGUCGUCAUAUUGAUGAGUCAUCGCUGCGUGGCCUGAAGCUAAACCACCGAGAAAGGCGGUUCAUCAAGUUUUCGUCUGUUGAGUACCAGGGUCAGUUGUACAUGUCGCCACAGGACUUCAUUGAGUCUGUGACAGACUCCGAGCCUCGCCCUCGUUUAAAGAGGAGGAUGCUGUCCGAGAGGGAUCUAGAACAGUUUGCACAGGAAACGCCAGCGCUCUCCAAGGGUUCUCCAGACAUGUUCCGAACCAUAUUUGAUAAGGGUAUAAUUUCUUAUACAGAAUACUUGUUCCUGCUGUCAAUCCUCACAAAGCCUCAGACGGGCUUCCGCAUUGCCUUCAACAUGUUCGAUACUGACGGGAAUGAGCGAGUGGACAAAGAGGAGUUUCUUGUGUUAAUGGACUUGAUCACUGCUGGUGUUUUUCGAGCCUAUGCUUCGUGGGUGUCUGAUACAAUCCACGAUGAAAACCCUGACUCAGAGAAGGCCAAGAAACUGCAAUCAACUAGGCAGGUCGUAAGUCAGCUGCUGGUGGGCCGAUCUGUAGACAGCGUCCGUGUGGGGCUUGAGAAGAUCUUCAGCACUGCUCGGAGAGACCGACUGAACCGAGCCUUGGAAGGAGCAGUGAAGGCCAAUGAUGCAGGUGCUGAUGAUGAGGUGGUGCUGGAGGAUGAGCUGCAGAAGAGUCAUGUUGUGGACACCACCCUCCUCCUCCACUUUUUUGGGCGUAAGGGGAAGCAGGAUCUCAAGUUUGAAGAGUUUAAAAUGUUUAUGGAAAACCUUCAGACUGAGGUUCUGGAGAUUGAGUUCAAUGAAUUUUCCAAGGGUCUUCCUGCAAUAACUGAGCUGGACUUUGCUAAGAUCCUGCUGCGCUAUACUUACCUUCAGUCUGACCAGUAUGAGAUGUAUUUAGAGAGACUUUUGGACCGCAUCCCAGAAGGGAAAGGAAUCACCUUCUCAGAAUUUAAGUCAUUCUGCCAGUUCCUCAACACCCUGGAUGACUUUGCCAUUGCCAUGAAGAUGUAUACCCUUGCUGACCAGCCCAUCUCCCAAGAGGAGUUCCAUCGAGCAGUAAAGAUCUGCACUGGUGCUGAGCUGAGUCCCCACAUUGUGGACACUGUGUUCAAGAUCUUUGAUGAUGAUGGUGACGGCCAGCUGAGCUACAAGGAGUUCAUUGCCAUCAUGAGGGACCGGCUGCACCGAGGCUUCAAGCAAACCUCAAGGAGUGAAGGGUGGGAUGCCUUCAAGCAGUGCGUCAAGAGUGAGAUGAAGGCCGUGGUGUGAGGACCUGAGGUGGUGGUUCAAGCAACAAGAACCCUCUGAAGGGUGGGCAGGCUUCAAGGCAUGUGUCAAGAAUGCCAUGAGGAGUCAACAGCAGCAGGACCAGCAGCCCUCCCUCACCUAGGCCCUCCAGGCACACUUGUUACAGAGCACUGCAAAGAUAGUUAUUCACAAAAUGCAGUUUUCAUAAUCUGGAGUGUGUGUACACAAAUGUAUUGUAAAACUAUGUACAUAAAGUACUUAAAAUGCAUCUGAAUUAAAUUGUCAUGUUGUUAUGUAUUGAGAAAAAAGCAAUCAUUUUGGUUUGGUUAUUAAUACUGAAAACUUAACCUGAUCUCUAUUCAACACAAAUAUGUAAAGGUCAACAGAUCAGCUGCAUCAUGCAAGCUCCGUCCACCAUCUGAUGUUUCAAAUUAAUGCAGAAAUUUUAACACAAAAACAGUAACUUGUCAAUGACUGGUACAACUUACAUUACCAACAGUGAAGAUUUGCUAUUCUCUGGUGCACCAAAAGUGCUGUGAACAUAUAGGAGUAUUAGGUUGGGUGAUUGCAUGAAAUAACUCAUUCAUUGUUCUGUAUAGGUGAACAAAUAUUUAAGAAACUUUGAUCAAAUUGCACAAAUGUAAUUUUGUUCAUAGGAUGAUUUGUUGUGUGUGCUUUAUUCUGUAUACCAAUGAAAUAACAUUCUAGGAGGCAAGUUUCCUUUAGCUCAGACUGGUCUGCUUUAGAAAACCUUGAAGCUCAUGCUGCAUACAAUGCUUUUGUGUCACCUGGGUAAUAAGGAAAGUGUCCCUAAAUGUCUUAGCAAUGAAAGUCAUGUUUUCUUUCUGCUAAGAUAUGUUCAACACUAACAAUUCUGAAGAUUACAGUUGACUUGUUUAGGGAAUGAAGCACAACCAGUUGCAUUACCAUUAAGAAAAUAAUGAAUUCAUGCUAUGUAGAUAAGUUUGUUUCUAUCUAGUCAAAGAAUCAUAUGUACAGAAUCUUUAUCCCUUGUAUUAAAUCUCUGAUCUGAUGUCAUAUGUACAUUGCUUGUUGAGAAGAUAUUGUAAUGUUGUUAUUUAUAUUAUGUUGUUACUUUUUAUAGUGAAUAAAUAUAAAUUCUAACUGCUGCAGAUUGAAAGUAGCUAAAAUAAGUUAUUUGUACAGUCUAAAAUGUGAAAGGGAAGGCCAUUUUAUAUAGAGAAUACUAACUAAAACUGGGGAGGGAGGAGAAAGAUUGUUAAUUAUUGUUAUAAAAUUUUACUGCAAAGCCAGUUUCCAGUAGCUUGUUAGAAGUACUUAAUUUAAGCAAAGGUUUUAAGCCCUGAAACAAUUUCUACAAAAGAAUUCCAAAAUUAUUGUAUCAUAUUGGCAACAGAACUGAAUGUUUUUGAUUACCUAUAAAAUUUUAAUGCAAAAUGCAUUUCCAGUAGCUUGUUAGUACUUGAAACAAUUAAUGGUUUUGACUAUCAGAUAAAUUACAACAAAAGAAUAAACAAAAUAAUUAUAUUUAUAUUAAUUUAAUGGUAAAACAAUUCAGUUCCUCUGCAUGAUAGAAAUUUAUUGAAUUCUUAAACCCAUACAAAUGCAUGCAAACCCAAACAAACCCAUGCAAAUUGAAAUAAAGCAGAUUAGAAA